GGCGCACUUUCCCCGCAGCCAGCCGCGGGGCAGCCCUGCUUCCUGCACCCUCCGCACCAGCCCAGCUUCAGGCGCAUCCUCCACCGCACCCCGGCCUCUUGCCUGUCUUUCCCAAGCUCUUGAUGCUGCCCAGCUGAAAGGAGAAAAUGGGCACCGGCGAUUUUAUCUGCGUUUCCAUGACUGGAGGGGCGCCCUGGGGGUUCCGACUGCAAGGCGGCAAGGAGCAGAAGCAGCCCUUGCUAGUCGCCAAGAUUCGAAGCCAGAGCAAAGCGUCUGACGCUGGCCUGUGUGAGGGGGAUGAAGUGGUGUCUAUCAAUGGCAACCCUUGUGCAGACCUUACCUACCCAGAAGUCAUCAAGCUCAUGGAGAGCAUAACGGACUCUCUCCACUUGCUUAUUAAAAGACCAUGUAGUGGCACAAGCGAGAUUUUGGACUCUGAAACAGAAAAUGUAAACCAUCAGGAUCUCCCACAUGAGGGGCCUAUGGAAAGUACCACCCUGCAGAUUCUUCCAGCCACGAAGGCCCAGAGCAAGGACCUCCUUCUUGCUCCAGUCCAAAGUAGAGUUCCCCUAACCGAGGACCAACGAAAUGAUUGGGGAUAUGCGGAAUGUACAACAGGAGAGAAAGUUCCCCAGAUGCUUGGCUCCCAAGAAGAGCACUUGGUAGAAGAGGUCAUCUUAAGGGAAAAGGCAGAAGCGGGCCAGCCAGGCCGUGUGGUUGAGCUACAACUGUCCCUCUCAAAGGACAGACAUCAAUGCACUAGUGGCCCUAUAGUAGCUCUCCAGGGAAAUGAAAAAUCCGAGUCUCCUGACCCAGACUGGAGUUCACAACACGAGAGGACCGUCCACAUAAAUUCGAUCGCAGCUCCUGAGGAAGCAGGCACUUCUCUGUCGUCCGGCACAACAAUCCAGACCUCCAGUGGCCGGGAGUUGAGAGUGAUCCAAGGAAGAGGAGCAGGAGGCGUAGGGCUGCCCCAGGUGGAAGUGAUUCUAGAGUGCUCUGACAGGCAGAAGGCAGAAGAGGACAGGCUGCAGGCAGCAGAGGGGUGUGUGGCUUCUGUGGUAGAAGGAGGGCGGUCAGAAGCACCUCCUUCUCUGGUCUCCUUUGCGGUCUCACCAGAAGGCACUGAGCAGGGGGAAGACCAGCGCUCAGAGAAGGAUCACAGCAGACCACACAAGCACAGGGCACGACAUGCUCGACUCAGGCGGAGUGAAAGUUUGUCUGAAAAGCAAGUGAAAGAAGCUAAGUCUAAAUGCAAAAGCAUCGCUCUCCUUCUAACGGAUGCUCCCAACCCCAACUCCAAGGGGGUGUUGAUGUUUAAGAAGCGGAGGCGGAGGGCCCGGAAGUACACCCUAGUCAGUUACGGUACUGGCGAGCUUGAGCGAGAGGAGGAGGAAGAGGAGGACCAGGAAGAAGGUGACAAGGACGAGAUAAGUGAAGUUGCAUUUCUUGGAACGAGCGAGUCAGAAGUGGAUGAGGAGUUACUGUCUGACGCUGACGACAACACACAAGUUGUGAACUUUGAUUGGGAUUCUGGACUGGUGGACAUUGAAAAGAAACUGAACCGAGGCGACAAGAUGGAGAUGCUGCCAGACACCACAGGCAAGGGAGCGCUCAUGUUUGCGAAGCAGAGAGAGAGGAUGGAACAGUUCACCGCCCAAAAUGAAGAGGAGAAAACGGGUGCGAUGCCAGGCCGAGGACCAGAGGCGCUGCAGACGGACAGUCUGAGAACCGUGACUUCUUAUCAGAGGCAGGAAGAGGAGUCAGUGAGAAUGCAGAGCUCUGUGAGGGAAAGCUCCAUCCAGAUGGGUCGCAGUCUUGGCAACAUGCCACAACAGAAUGGCUUCAGUGGAGUGUCUGAGACAGCAGGGGCCCAGAGGGUGAUCCCUAUGAAUAGAACCGCCAAGCCCUUCCUGGGAACCAUGAACCAGGCAGCAGCCCCCUUCUCCCCAACGCGAAGUGUGACAAGUCCCAUCUCCGACUUCCCUGCUCCGCCACCUUACUCCGCCGUCUCACCUCCACCUGAAGCCUUCUCCAGAGGGGUCUCAAGUCCAGUCACUGGCCCCGCACAGCCCCCUCCAUGGCCCCAGCCUGCUCCAUGGUCACAACCAGCCUUCUAUGAUUCAUCUGAGCCAAUAGCUUCCCGAGAUGAGAGGAUCGCAGUGCCGGCCAAGAGAACGGGAAUACUGCAGGAAGCCAAGAGACGAGGCACAACAAAACCCAUGUUUACGUUUAAAGAAACCAAAGUGAGCCCCAACCCUGAGCUCCUGUCACUGCUUCAAAAUGCAGAAGGUAAGCGAGGCGCUGGAGCUGGAGGGGAUUCUGGGCCUGAAGAAGACUACCUCAGCUUAGGCGCAGAGGCUUGUAACUUCAUGCAGAGUUCUGCCAAACAGAAGACCCCACCUCCCGUUGCUCCAAAGCCUGCAGUCAAGUCCUCCUCCUCCCAACCAAUAACCCCGGUUUCUCCAGUCUGGUCUCCAGGAGUGGCCCCAGCCCAGGGUCCUGCCUUCUCUACAUCCAGUCUACCGAACCCACCGCAGGUCACAGCCGUGUCGUCCAUCAAAAUAGCCCAGCCUUCGUGCCCUCCUGGCCGGCCUGCAAGCGCACUGAACCUGGCUGGUCCCUUCAAAGGGCCCCAAGCAGCAGUAGUCAGUCAUAACUACACACCCAAGCUAUCGGCACCCACACAAGUGAAUGCUGCUCACGCUGGUGCAGGAGGACCAUCCAAUGAGCUUCCUGGAAUGAGUGGGAAAGGAGCCCAGCUCUUUGCGAAAAGGCAGUCGAGGAUGGAGAAGUACGUCGUGGAUUCCGACACAGUGCAGGCCCACACAGCUCGGGCCCAGUCUCCCACUCCAUCCCUACCCGCCAGCUGGAAGUACUCCUCCAAUGUUCGAGCACCCCCUCCCGUGGCCUACAAUCCCAUCCAUUCCCCUUCAUACCCACUGGCUGCCAUCAAGUCUCAGCCACCGGCCGCGCAGGCCUCCAAAACGAGCAAGAAAAAGGGCAAGAAGCCUCUUAACACUUUGGAUGUCAUGAAGCACCAGCCGUAUCAGCUCAACUCAUCGUUGUUUACCUUUCAACCUCCUGAUUCAAAGGAUGGCCUCCCCCAGAGGUCAACGGUCAAGGUCAGUUCAACUCUGGCCAUGAAGCAAGCCCUUCCUCCGCGACAGGUCAAUGUUGGCUCUCCCACCAAUGCGCAGGCUUCGUCUGUGUACUCGGUACCCGCCUACACCUCUCAGCCCUCCUACUUCGCCGAGGCCACCUCACCGGUCAGUGCAUCCCCAGUGCCUGUGAGUGUUCCCACCUCUCCAAAGCAAGAGUCAGCCUCCACGUCGUAUUUUGUGGCACCGAGGCCGAAAUUCUCAGCCAAGAAGAGCGGUGUCACAGUACAGGAGAGUGGGCGCUCCCUUUCUCUUCCUGGAAAAUCAGCCCCACCCAUCAUUUCUGCAUCUCCUUGGCAGUACCAGCCGGCUCACAGUUCCUCUGGCAAGUCGACCCUCAGGCUGGAGAAAGCAAACAAGAGACCAACACCUUGGGAAGCAGCAGCCAGGUCUCCCCUUGGUCUAGUGGAUGACGCCUUCAGACCCCGGAGCAUCCAGGAAUCUAUUGUGGCAAACGUAGUCUCCGCAGCUCAGAGGAAGGUGUUUACGGCGUCCCAAGAGGACUGGAAACAGAGACUGUCCUUUGUCCCCCAAACUCAGAAGACCAGAAUGAGCUUCUCUGAAAGACAAGAGUGUAACGCUCCAUCCCCAGUCAACAGCCACGUGUCUGCCCACUCCGUACACAGUUCCCAGUCGCCAUAUAUGUGCUACAGGCAGGAGUCCAGAUGCGACCCAAAAAUGAUGUUCAUGGAGACCAGGUCUGAAUAUGGUCUUCCAUUAGGUGGUUGCAACUAUAACCCACAGCCGCGGGGGUGGAGACACCAGCCAUGAGAGCCAGUGCGACAACUCUGUGGGUUUCCUUGCUUAUGUUAGCAAUCCUUUGUAGGGUUCUUUACUUCUUAAAUAGACUUAAAUCCACGUUUAGUCCUGUGUGGCUCUCACGGGUCAUUUACCUGAGUGCAUACGUGUGUAAACACAAGUGUGGAGCACUUCCUUGUCUCCUGAUGCCUAAGGAACUUCUCGGAAGCCCAGAGUCGCUGUGAGCAGGGUGUGGUGGAACACACCCAAUAAUGAGGCGAGGCAGAACUUGAGGAAUUCAAGAGAAUCCCCAGGCACAUAGUUUGAAGCCAGCCUAGGUUAGAUAAGACCCUGUCUGAAAACAAACAAACAAACAAAAACAAAGAAAAGUUCUUGCAUUGACGUUCUAGCACAUAUAUAGUUCAAAAAUCUUAAUUCCAUUUACAAGGAGUCCCAUGCAGCUCAAGUUCACAAAAUUACACUGAAUCUAACAUUUUCUUCUCUGUGCUUUAGUUCAAUAAGGAAUUAUUAGGAUAUGGUGUAUUAGUUACCAGUAGUUCUAAUAGCAAGGGAUAUAAAGUGAUCUUUUAUUAGUGUAAAGUUAGCAUACAAAGGAAGGGGUUUCCUUUUGUCAUCUUUAUAUGCAUGGACCAUCAUGUUUUGCUCUCAUCCACCUGUCAGCCCAUUGCCCUUCCCCGUGCCCCCAGCCUUUCCUCUGCCUUGGUGCUCCUUUUGUACCCCAGGCUAUCCUCAAACCCCUAUCUUGUCUCAGCUUACCAAGUGCUGGGCUUUCCGGUGGGCAGCAUUGUGCCUGGCUGAAACAGGAAUGUUCUUAGACAGGGAUGUGUCAGAGUCAGGGAACUGCCCAACUCAAAUGGGCUUUGGAGGAAACAGUGUAAUACGUGGGCAGCACAAAUCUAGGCAUUGGAUUGAUUUCAGUCUAUCUAAAGCCAGCAGCCUGAGACAGGAAUGCUUGAAUUCAAUUGUUCUCAUUUGUCAAAUGAGACGGCUGGGUUGUAUGAUUGCUUAGGUUCCUAACACUUCUGAUAGUGUGAGAUUCUCUCAGCAGACUGACCUUUGACGCAUUGUUUAUUCUUGCUCAUCACAUAAAUAUCAGAUUACCUUCAGGAGCGGAUGAGGCCAUCAGUGCCAUGAAAUGCGUCACCAAAGGUCCCAAAAGGAAUUUCUAAGUGGCAGGUUUUGUGUUAUGUGGAGUGAGGGUUGAUGUAAAGAUAAAAUAUUAGUGGAUUUGAGGAAGUGGUGGAUGAAGAUGCCUGUCAUUACACAACUGUUGAUCAUGACCACUUACUUGGUUACAGAAAACAUGCUGGAGAGGCAUACGCAAGGGCCGCUUCUAGGCUGUUCGGAGGAAGUUAGACGGCUGACUCACCUCUCCUGUAACCCGUGCCUUGGAAGCAUGACUGGGAGACAGGUUGAACAGCUACUCCUCACUGCCAUAUCCACAAAGGGUUAAAUACAAGGGGGUUCAGAGUACUUCAUGCCAUCAUCAAGUUUACCCAGAAUAUUUUCUAAUUUAAAAAUUCUUGAGUAUUUAAUAUCUCCUUGUCUCUAAAAAAAAGGGGGGGGGAAUUUGUGCUUGAUUUUCCUUUCUGACCAAUCCUUCAUCUUAUCAUUAUGAUGGUGUCUUUCACAGAAUAAAAAUGAACCUCGAGGAUGCAGAUGGUCUCUUACCUUAGAAGUUUUUAAAAAUUUUGAAGAAAUAACAGUAAGUACAGGUGGCAUGAGUGGCCAGAUACUUAUUUGUUCAAUUAGGCAGCAAGAGAAUAGAUGACUGCUUUCCAAAAUUUGAUUGCUAGUCAGGUAUGGUUCCAUCAUAUGCCUGCAACCCCAGAGUCCAGGGAUGAAGAAAAGGGACUGGUAAAAAUUCCAGGCCAUGUCUCAAACAAACAAACAAAAAACCAAAUCAAAAAACAACAGCAACAAGCAUACACAAAAAAACCCAACAUCAAAAGUUUCACUGUUAAUUUAUAUAAAAUUGAUAUAAUGCUUAUUCCCUUAAAGAAUAAAAUACCAUUUUUAUCACCUAUGAGUUUUAUUUUUGAAUCUUAAAAUAAUGUCAGGCUAGUAGAGUCUUAAGAAUCCUGUGCAUAUGAGCCGGGCGUUGGUGUCACAUGCCUUUAAUCCCAGCACUUGGGAGGCUGAGGCAGGCGAAUCUCUGUGAGUUUGAGGCCAGCCUGGUCUACAGAGGGAGUUCCAGGACAGCCUCCAAAACAAUACAGAGAAACCCUGUCUCAAAGAACCAACCAACAAACAAGCAAACAAAAAAGAACCACAAAAAAGAGAAUCCUGUGCAUAUGAUCCUUAUCAGGUUCAAAUUAACCAUAGUGUUUGAGUCAUUCUGGAUUAGGCUGUUUCAAGAACUUGGGAUUUACCAGAAAAGAUGUUAUUUGUUGGGUCCACAUCCUAUCCUGCUACAUUCUUUUGUAAGUCCUAGGCUUUAUUUCCACCAUUUGAUUCACAUUACACUCUUUGCUAAAACUCAUUAGACUCAAAAGAAGCAGAUGUUGUAGAUAUUAUUAUAAAAAGCAUUCACCCUCUGCUUGCACUACACCAAAACUGGCAUUUGUACUGCGUUAUCUGAACUUAUCCUACAUAAUAGACAGGCUGCACAUUCUGUUCAUGAGGACACAAGUAUCUUCAUUAGUCAGUGAUGCUUCAACAAGUCAAACUGUGUAGAUAACUUUGCAAAGCAAGAAUGCCACUGCAAAUCAGUACUGGGUCCACCGUGGGAUUUCCCUCUAGUUGGCUAGAAAGGGAUACAGUUCCACCACUGACAUUCAGCCACCCUGAGAUCCAGGCUCUUACGGUUGGGAAGAUGUCAAUAACUACUGGUCUAGCAAGACUCAAAGGAGAGGGUCUCAUUUUCCUGAAAGGUAUGCCACAUUUGUUGCAAGACAUAUUUCAGUCACUAGAAGCUACAUAGUGUUUUACUAAACCUGAUCUAAAGGGUGAGGCAUCCCAAUGAUAGAGACAUAAUAUGGCAUUUCCUCCCAUCAAGUUUGAACACUGUAUCAUUGCAUGGGUGUGGAGUAUUUGUUAGCAGAUGAUUUAAACUUGAACUCUGAGUGUGACAGUGGUACAGAUCCUAGUCUGCUUGAUUUUUGAGGUUGUCUCAUGGUUGACAGCAUCAUGCAGCUUGGAGAGCAUACACUUAUUAGGGUUUAAUCAUAGAUAUGUAUGUGUAUUAAUGACUUAAAACUUGGGUUAAAUAAAUGUAUCAAUUAGGGACAGUUAUCAUGGAGAGGAAUUGCAAGAAUGUUUGUUUCUUAAAAAGAUUUUCAUUCUUGGUUUCUAUUCAAAGCAGAAGUAAUUGCUGCACAGUUCAUACUUUGCUACCAGAAAGAAGUCUGUUCUCUGGCUAAUUAGAUUGUCAUUGCUAUUUCUCUCUGUCCCCAAAGGCUGUACGUGAAAGACUUGGACUGCAAAUCCAAACGAUAUUAGUAAUAAACAUAACAUGAAAAUCAA